GUAUCGUAUUGUAUGUGAUAUAUAUCGUGCUGAUCGGCUUCAAUUUUGUUUAAAGUGAAAAUUUUGGUUUUUCGCAUGGAAUUUUAACAAGAACCCAUCGAAUUAACAAACAAAAGUAUGGCUGAUGAUGCGAACGAGGAUAGCUGGCUGUACGGCACCUCGAAUCCGGACUCCACCACAAACGAGAUUGGCAACGGCGACGAUGCGCUGGCGGCCGAACACGAGGCUCAGGCCCUGGCCGCCGUGGUGGCUGGCGACAAGCCGGGCUCCAGUGCAGCCUCCCUGCUGCCCGGCUUCGCCAAGGAGGAGGUGCCCGAGUACAACGAAUUCGAUGAUCCCGCCGAGGAGAUGGAGGAGGACGAAGAGGCGCUGCCGGACACCACCGACCACCAUACGAGAGGGCGAGACGAGGACAGGGAGGAGACGAGAACGCCGCCAGACCAGGAUGAAGACGAGGAAAUGGACGAGGCUCCGGCCAGGAAGGAGCGCAAUGGUUCUGGCUCCGACGAGGACGAUGACGAUGACUCGGAUGACGAUAUCAAUGUGGUGAUUGGCGACAUCAAGCAGGCGCCGAGCACAUUCAACAUCAAACAGCGCCCCAACCUCUUGGCUGGGGGCACGGCAGCCGACAAGGCCAAGCCGGCUGGCCAGGCCGGAAAGUUCAGUAUCGAGGACUUCGAGGGUGCCGGCACCAUCAAUGGCGUGGCCGUGCACGAGUUCAGCAUCGAUUCGCUGGAGGAGAAGCCGUGGCGGAAGCCGGGCGCGGACAUCACGGACUACUUCAACUACGGCUUUAACGAGGAGACGUGGCGGGCCUACUGCGAGCGACAGAAGCGCUUCCGCGUGGCAGAAAGCGGCGUCGGCCUGGCCAGUCUCACCCAGAACGUGAGUCAGAACGCUCCGAUUGGGAUCCUGAAUGACGGUGGCAUGAAUAUGGGUCCCCCGGGGAUGCACAACAUGCCGCCCAUGAUGGGCAUGAACGAUGGUGGCAUGCAGAUGCCGCCGCCGGGAAUGCCGCCACCCAACAUGAUGCAGCACCAGCCACGUCCGGGCAUGGGCAUGAUGCAGCGACCGCCGCGACCCAUUUCCACCACGGGCGGCGGUGUCAAGGAGAAUGCCAUCCAGGUGAUGACGGCCGAGUGUCGGGAGUAUUCGCGCGGCGGCCUGGGACCCAUGGCGCCCAAUUUCCCACCGCCCGGAGCCUCCGAUGAACCCUUCUUCCACGAGCCAGAGCCCUUCGACUACGGCUACGAGCCCACGCAGGAAUCGCAAUGGGGCAACGACAAUCCUGGCUGGGUGCCCACCGGCAUUAAGGAGCUGACGCCCGGCCACGCUCACAUCCAUCAGCCGCCGCCCGGCAUGCCACCUCAAAUGAAUGUGCCGCCUCCCCAGAUGGGCGGACCACCGCCUCAGCUGCGCGGCAUGAUGCCGCCCAAUAUGCGAAUGCCUCCAAACAUGAGUAUGGGUCCACCGCAUGGAAUGAUGAUGGGUCCCGGCAAUGGACCGCCGCCUGGGAUGAGAAUGGGCAUGGCGCCGCCACAGCGUAUGCCCAUGGGCGGUAACAACAAUGGAAAUAUCAGCAACUUGGCCUCCUCAUCCUCUGCCUCCUCCUCAGAUCGCGGUGGCUACGACGAUGAGCGCGAACGACGGCGGCGGGAAAAGGAUAAGCAGAUCAAGAAGGAUGCGCUGCGCAAGGACUUCAUCGAGAUGCUGCGGGAACGACACGACAUCGAGAGGCACACGCGAUGGUAUGACAUCAAGAAGAAGUUCGAAGCGGAUCCCAGGUAUCGUGCUUUGGAUUCGUCCUAUCGGGAGGAAUACUUCGAGGACUAUCUGCACAUGCUGAAAGAUGAGAAGCGCAAGGAGCGCGAUGUGAAGGAACGCGAUCGUCAUCGCGACAAGGAGCGAUCUCGGGACAAGGACAAGGAGAAGGAGAAAGAUACCAAGGACAAAGACAAGGAGAAGGACAAGGACAAAGACAAGGAGAAAGAAGAAAAAAAGGAGAGCUCCCGUGUACGUUCCCGCUCGCGCGACAAGUCCAGUCGCCGCAAAUCCAAAUCCCGCGAAAAGGAGCGCAGCGAACGCAGCAGCAAAACGGCUCCUGGCAGCAGUUCAGGAGCGACCUCUGGUUCAUCGUCCAGCCGUGGCGACAGGAAAAAGUCCCAUCGCAAGGAAAAGGAAGAGGAGGAAUAGCAUUUGCUUAGAUACUACAUGGAAGACGAGGGCGAAGCAGCUACACCCUAAGCAGCUGCCGAUCCACACACACACACACACACACA